AUGGACGCCACUCGAAACAAGCCAGACCACACCAUUUUCGAAAAGGCGGAUUUCUACCUUGAUUCUCGCUACCAGGUGAAGCAAAUAUUGGGUAAAGGUUCAUACGGAACCGUCUGCUCAGCUGUUGAUCUUAAUUCCAAGGGUCAGGCACAGCUCGCCAUCAAGAAGGUUUCCAACAUCUUCAACAAGGAACUUUUAAUGAAGCGAGCUGUCAGAGAGUUGAAAUUGAUGAGAUAUUUCAAGGGCCAUAAGAAUAUUGUUGGUCUUGUUGAUCUCGACAUCGUUCUUCUCAAGCCUUACGAUGGAUUGUACUGUUUCCAAGAAUUGAUUGAUUAUGAUCUGGCUAGAGUAAUCCAUAGCUCAGUACAAUUUUCCGAAUACCACAUUUCCAGUUUUUUGUACCAGAUUUUAUGUGGUGUGAAGUACAUUCAUUCGGCAGAGGUGAUCCAUCGCGACCUCAAGCCGGGCAACAUCCUUGUGACAAUUCACGGAACGCUCAAGAUUUGCGAUUUUGGGCUUGCAAGGGGAAUAUCAAAGGAAUACUUGAACCUUGGAUUGAGAUCGCAGGCGAUUACUAACUAUGUGGCCACCAGGUGGUACCGUGCCCCCGAGUUGAUGCUUUCAAGGAAGAGUUACGGGAAGGAAGGUGAGUACAUUGUGCUAUUUCAAUGCGCUAUUACGCUUUGGUUGACUAACAAAAUCCUCAAAGUGGACAUGUGGGCAGUGGGAUGUAUCUUUGGAGAGUUAUAUGGCCGCAGACCUUUGUUUGUAGGAAGUGACCAGAUUCACCAGAUCGAGGAGAUCCUGAAGGUUCUAGGAACGCCUGGCAAGGAGGCAAUUGUUCGUUAUGGGACUCACAUGGCUUGGAGCUUUUUCUCUCCCCCCAAGCCUCAAUACAAAUGCUUAUCCUGGGAGCAAGUUUAUCCAUAUGCCUCCCCAGAUGCUCAUGACUUAUUAGGAAAAUUGCUGACUUGGAACUGUGAGGAGCGUUAUGAUGUGGACCAGUGCUUGGAACACAGGUACCUGACCAACAUUCGCAAUCCAGACGACGAGCCCGUCUGCUCCAAGCCGUUUGACUUCAGCUUCGAGUGGACAGCGACCACACUGGGCCAGCUGAAAGAGUUGCUUCAGGAGGAAGUGGCUGAAUUCAAGAAAACUAGAAUGAUGAAGCAAAAACCAAAAUAUUUCUAG